AUGAAUAGCGGCCAACUAUCCAGCCCGCCAGUUUUGAAGACAACUAUAAUUCAAUUGAACAAAGAAGUUGAUGGUGAGAACAACUAUGAGAUAUUGACUAACGAAUAUAAUAAACGAUCAACUGAGGAGAACAAACUCACGACCCCUCUGUCUGAUUCGAAAAAGAGACGUAGAAGGUCGUCUAGUAUAGAUUCUCAAGAGUUGGCUAGAAGGAAAAACGAGACGAAGCAAUUGCAUUCACUUAUUGAAAAGCGUAGAAGAAUUAAGAUAAACAGAGAAUUCGAAGCCUUGAAGUACGUGAUUCCAGCCUGCAGAUCUGGCUCCUUUUCAUCUCAAAUCCCUAAGAACGGAUCUGCGGCCAAGAUGGAUGGAAUGCAUAAGCUUACUAUUCUAAAGUCAUCGGUCGAGUAUAUUUUAUAUUUACACCACAUCAUACGUCAACAACACGAAAUGCUCUCCAAAGACAAGAAUUAUGACUUCGAUAUCAACUUUGCAAACAUAUCGUUGGAUGUGAACCAAUAUAGAAAUAUUGAUAAGGAGUUUAAUUUUACAGAGUUAUAUGAUUCCCUGACAUCGUUAACUUCUGCAGUACCGUCCACAUCUCCGUUAACAGGUUGCGGCCAAAACAGAAUACUGUCUCAAAGUAUCGGAGAAGAACCGAUAAUAGAGAUAGAGCAUAAAGAUCAAUUACCGUCACCGGACAAUACUCCUAAUAUGGCUCCCAUAUUAUCAGUUUUGAAAAAUUAUAAGAAAAACUACUCGACUGUCUCUAGAGACAAUAGGUCAUCCUCAAUAUCUCCUCAUACAAAAACUAUGAGUAGCAGUGUGAAACGUUCAUUUCAAUUGCCAGAUCCCGCUAUUUUAUCGUCUGACGCAGAUGAAAGAAGUAAAUCUAAGAUCAUUUCUUAUUCUUCUGACAACAAUCUUGCAGCUAGUUCUCAAAGUACCUUCGUACCCGAAAAAGAUGCUUCCAAUGCACUUUUGGCUAUGAGAAAAUCUAGCAUCAACAGUCUCCUAAACUGA